AUGACAAACAAGGGUCUCCGACUUGAAUCUAGAGUUUUCACACAUGGUGAAGAUGUACACUUUCUGAGUCUAGGAUUACCAAAGGACGGGAAAUCAAAAUACGAGUUUCUAGGCAUCUUGUUCCAUGAACUCAAUAGUGGAAGUUUUGUAAGAACGAGGCCGGACGAGCUGCGUGUCAGAGGUACUUCCUCCAACAACCGACGACUCGAUAAGAGCGUCCUUUUUAUCGCUAAGCAGUUCACUCCAGACUUCCUAAAAGAAGUUGUGCGGAUCCCCGGCCGCGACUUCAAGAUCUGCAUCGACGAUAAAAAACCAACUUUGAUGGUGCGCAGUGCCUCUUCAGCCCAUCACUGGGACAAGUACAUGAACACAUUUGUCAGUCGAGACUUUUGGGAAUUUGAAGGUUGCCUGGAGGUCGGAACCGGGAGCGAAAGGAAGUUUGACGUAGUGUGCGGAUUCGACACACAGUAUGGCACUUGGGUCUAUCCAAACCCAGCAUCCAAGAAUUGGAGACGUGGUGGCAACGAUCUUCAAGCGGACAUGCCCCCAUUGCAUGAAAUCAAAGUGGUGGAAGGGACCCAGGAUGGCAUUCCUACUACUUUCGUUCAUCUUAACCGCAUCAAGCCCGUGGCACAAGCGCCUUCGAAGACAGACCCUAGUUUGCAACCGAAGAGUGUUAAACAGGCCGAUGAGGAGGGGCCGGCCGAUGGAAAUGAGAUUUCCAAAAAGCAGAAGUCGAACUGCAAGCAAAUGUAG